CUUGAUCUAGGUAACCAGAGAAGCAAGGGAAGAAAAACAAAAUCAAAGCCACGGUUGAGAGCGAAUCUCCCCGCUUUCUUUUAUAGUUAGCAAAUCCUCUCUUCUUCACUUUUCUUCUCCACACCUUUUUCCUUAUUCUUCUUCCCCCCUCUCCUUUUCUCUGUAUUUUUUAAUACGUUCUUGUACGCUUCCUCUCUCUCUGUCUCAUCUUCCAGUAAAACACAAGUCUCAGUAUCUGGAGGAUGUGGCGAGGAUGUUUCCAUUAUCAAUGAACUUUCAUGGGAGCUUGUCAAUGGUUGCUGGAAUUACUGUGUAUUGAUGACAGUGAUCUUGACGAGAAUGAUAGUUUAAAGAUUUUUUUUGAAUCCUUAUGUUUUAGAAUGGAACUCUUCAUCAUUUUACUGGAAGAUUCGUGACAGCGAGGAGAAAUAAUCAGUCAUAUUGGUUUAUUGUUUAGGUGAUUCAUGUUAUGCAGCCUCUGCUUUGCCCUGUAAAUUAUUCGCGGAAGGGUGUGUGAUAGUUAUAAUUGCACUGUAGAUUAGGUGUAAAUAUACGAUUGUGAAGUGUUAGGGAUAGGACUCUUAGAUAAGUUCAUAAUAGGUAGAUAAAAUUGAGAAACUAGUUAUGUCUCAAGGACAAAAGCAACCUGUACAAGGUUCUGCUCGGAAACUUUCACCUUCGACUUCUCAGAAAGAUCUGUGGUUUAUUGUACGAGAAGGGUCCUUGGCUGAUGUAGAUUCUGCUUUGGCACUGCUAAAGAAAAAUGGGGGCAAUAUUAAUUUACGAAAUGCAAUGGGCCUAACACCCCUUCAUAUUGCAACUUGGAGAAAUCACAUUCCCAUUGUCAGGAGGCUGCUUGCUGCUGGUGCUGAUCCUGAUGCUAGGGAUGGAGAAUCAGGAUGGAGUAGUCUUCACAGGGCUCUGCAUUUUGGUCAUCUUGCAGUUGCAAAUGUGCUCCUUCAGUCUGGAGCUUGUAUUACUUUGGAAGACUCUAAAUUCCGUACACCGGUUGAUCUCUUGUCUGGACCUGUUGCUCAGGUUCUUGGAGAUGAAUGUAACUCGGCCACUGAGGUGUAUAGUUGGGGAAGUGGUGCCAAUUAUCAACUAGGAACCGGAAAUUCGGACAUACAAAAGCUGCCCUGCAAGGUUGAUGCACUUCACGGGUCUGUAAUUAGGCUGUUGUCUGCAGCAAAGUUUCAUAGUAUAGCCGUUAGUGACCGUGGAGAAGUCUAUACAUGGGGAUUUGGAAGAGGGGGCAGACUUGGACAUCCGGACUUUGAUAUCCAUAGUGGCCAAGCAGCUGUUAUCACACCUCGUCAGGUGCUUUCUGGAAUAGGCUGUCGCCGUGUAAGAGCAAUUGCUGCAGCUAAACAUCACACAGUUCUUGCAACAGAGGGUGGGGAAGUCUUCACCUGGGGAUCUAACAGAGAAGGUCAGCUGGGUUACACUGUGGAUACUCAACCGACACCUCGCAGAGUGAGUUCCAUUAAGUCAAAGAUCGUUGCUGUUGCGGCAGCAAACAAACACAGUGCUGUGGUUUCCGACUCUGGUGAAGUUUACACAUGGGGUUGCAAUAGGGAUGGUCAGCUUGGUUAUGGUACAUCUAAUUCGGCAUCUAAUUACACUCCAAGGAUAGUUGAGUAUCUGAAAGGGAAAGUUUUUACUGGAGUUACAGCAGCAAAAUCUCAUACCAUUGUCUUACGGAAUGAUGGUGAGGUUUACACCUGGGGGCAUCGAUUUGUUACUCCAAGACGUGUUAUUGUUUCACGAAAUCUGAAGAAAAGUGGGGCUGCCCCUUUGAAGUUCCAUCGCAUGGAGCGGCUUCAUGCAGUAGCAAUUGCUGCUGGGGUGGUGCAUAGUUUGGCCCUUAUGGAUGAUGGUGCCCUGUUUUAUUGGGUCUCUGCAGAUCCUGAUCUUAUAUGCCAGCAGCUGCAUUCACUCUCUGGGAAAAGUAUUGUUAGUGUAUCUGCUGGUAAGUACUGGGGUGCAGCAGUUACAGAUACAGGUGAUGUCUACACAUGGGACAGUAAGCAUGUCAAGGAUAAAUCACCAGUUCCGACUCGAUUGCAUGGUGUCAAAAGGGCCACUUCGGUUGUAGUUGGAGAAACUCAUCUAUUAGCUGUUAGCUCUCUCUAUCAUCCUACCUAUCCCCCUAAUGCUGACAAGAUUCCUCAGAGACAGAAGUCGGAGAAUGAGGAUGAACUGGAAGAGCUCGAAGACUUCCUUUUUGACAAUACUGAGCUGCAUCAUAAGCUAUGUGUUGAUGAAAAUAAUAAGAGUGCUUCAGAAAGGCCCGUGCCAAGUUUGAAAUCUCUCUGUGAAAAGUCGGCAGCAGAUAAUUUAGUUGAGCCAAGAAAUGCGAUACAGAUGCUUGAAAUUGCCGACACUCUUGAGGCCAAUGAUCUGAAGAAGCACUGUGAGGACAUUGCAAUUCACAACCUGGACUAUCUUCUGACCUUCUCAUCACGUGCUUUUACUGCCACAACAUUGGAAAUCCUGGCUGGCCUGGAAACUCUCUUGGAUCAAAGGUCAUCCGAGCCAUGGAGCUACCGGAGGCUUCCAACUCCAACAGCCUCGUUUUCAGUCGUUGUGAACAGUGAAGAGGAUGAUAGUGAGAGUGAGGCUAUGAGAACCCGGGAAAAGUACACUAACAAACCUGUUCUUUUGGGACCUGGAGUGGAGUCUAGGCAAGACUCCUCCUUUCUCCAUCCUAUGCCCAAGGAUGAUCAGGAACACCUGAAACAAGUUCGUGCUCUGCGUAAGAAGUUGCAGCAGAUUGAGAUGCUGGAGGAAAAGCAACUUAAGGGCUAUCAACUUGAUAACCAGCAAAUUGCAAAGCUCCAAACACGGUCUGUCAUUGAGAGUUCGCUUGCUGAGCUUGGGUUUCCAGUGGAGAUGGUAGAUGCCAAGGCAUCGGCUUCUGCUGCUUCAUCUGAUGUGAUGAAGGGCAGUAACAAAAAGUUGAAGGCAUCAAGAAAGCAAAAUAGGAAAAGCAAGAACAAGGGUGAGGAAGAUGAGAUGAGAUCAGGUCUUAAUGGAAAUAAGGUAGAGGUGGGGCCCAUAAUACCUCUUUUGGACGCUGAGAUGUCUCCAGGCUCCAUAAAUAAGGAUGAAGAAGCAGUACGAGCGAAGGGUGUUGCUGAAAUCCGUGUGCCUGAUGCUAUACUUGUUAAGACGGAUAUUGCAGAUUUAGUAGGGAAGAGUAAGAGCACUUCUACCCUGGGAUCCAAGAAGAAGAAUCGGAGAGGUGGUCUUUCCUUGUUUCUGAGUGGUGCCCUUGAUGAGGCUGCGGAAGAGGCUGCCCCUCCUCCACCACCUACCCCUAAAAAUGAGGGGCCUGCGUGGGGUGGUGCUAAAAUAUCAAAAGGUCGUUCCUCACUUCGUGCAAUUCAGGACGAGCAAAGUAAGACUCUGGGCAGCAAUCCAAAGAACAAUACUCUGGUUGAGGAGAGUAAGGGUGAUGGAAAGGUAUCCCUGAGCGCAUUCAUUUCUUCCAAACCUAUACCUAUGGCUCCACCCUCCACAUCCCUUACUUCUGAUGUCGACAAGGGCACCCCUCCCUGGGUUUCUGGGACUUCUCCUCUCAUGUCUCGUCCAUCUCUACGAGACAUCCAGAUGCAGCAGAAGGGUAAACAGCAUCAAAACAUUUGCCAUAGUCCCAAGACCAGCACAACUGGGUUUGCAAUCACCACGGGUCAGGGUUCCCCAUUGGAUUCUCCUGGGAUGAACAAGUGGUUUAAGCCAGAGGUUGAUGCACCGUCGUCUCUCAGGUCGAUUCAGAUCGAGGAGAAGGCAAUGAAGGAGCUGAAGCGACUCUACAGCAAUGUGAGGAUAGUGAGGAAUGCUGCAUGAUAUAUGCUCCAUCUUCCCUGCAUGAGUUAACUUUUCCUUUAUCCUUUUAGUUUAUUUUACCCAUUUCCUUCUCUUAAGAUCUUCUCAUAGUUUGAAAAGGACGGAUUUGACUGUACAGAGGAUCAGAAUUUGCAGAUUUAGUCCUUAUAAUUUUCAAGGGUACUCGGUCAAUCCCUCUUUGUUCUUUUUUGUUCUUCCCUCUUGUCUUCCUCGAGUGUAUUCAAUAUUCAUAGCUCAGACUCGCAGAAAUGGGGUAUCAAUUGUGAAUUUGUGAUCCCCACUUAUUAUUUUUAUUUCCUUCUUAAAUAAGGAUUUGAAGCUUUUGUACAUUCAAAUUUCAAUCGUUCUGUAAGCAACAACUAGUGAAUCGUUUAAUGAAAAAUAAUAAAGCUUAGCCUAUGAAAGCUUCAGUUACAGAUUAA